CCAACACCGACUCUAACCGUCCUCUCAUCCACAACCCCUCCCUCCUCUCAUCUCUCCCCUCUCCUCUAUCCGCGAGCAGAGUCCAAGAUGCAGGCCAUUCGUCGUCCCUUCUGCUCGGCCCUGGCUGCUGCCGGCCGCCGCCAGGCCUACUCGACCGCCUCUUCGCCCUACGCUUCCACCAACGUCAACCUUGCCAUUAACAAGGACACCAAGGUCCUGUUCCAGGGCUUCACUGGCAAGCAGGGAACCUUCCACGCUACCCAGGCCAUCGACUACGGCACCAAUGUCGUCGGCGGUACCAACCCCAAGAAGGCCGGCUCCGAGCAUCUCGGCAAGCCCGUUUUCGCGACGGUUGAGGAUGCCAGGAAGCAGACCGGCGCCAACGCUUCCGCCAUCUUCGUCCCGCCUCCUCUUGCGGCCGCUUCCAUUGAGGAGGCCAUCAAGGCCGAGAUGCCCCUCGUCGUCUGCAUCACCGAGGGUAUCCCCCAGCACGACAUGGUCCGCAUCACCGACAUGCUGAAGACCCAGAGCAAGACGCGCAUGCUUGGCCCUAACUGCCCCGGUAUCAUUGCUCCGGGUCAGUGCAAGAUUGGUAUCAUGCCCGGCUUCAUCCACAAGCGCGGCCGCGUUGGUAUCGUCUCCCGCUCCGGUACUCUGACCUACGAGGCCGUCAACCAGACGACCCAGACCGGUCUUGGCCAGUCCCUCGUCGUCGGUAUUGGUGGUGACCCCUUCUCCGGCACCAACUUCAUCGACUGCCUGGACAUCUUCCUGAAGGACGAGGCCACCGAGGGCAUCAUCAUGAUUGGUGAGAUUGGUGGCGCCGCCGAGGAGGACGCCGCGGACUUCCUCAAGGCCAACAACACCAUGGGCAAGCCCGUUGUCAGCUUCAUUGCUGGUAUCUCGGCGCCUCCUGGCAGGAGGAUGGGUCACGCUGGUGCCAUUGUUUCUGGCGGCAAGGGUGAUGCCAACUCGAAGAUCACUGCUCUCGAGGGUGCGGGUGUCGUCGUCGAGCGCAGCCCCGCUGCCCUCGGCAAGGCGCUCCACGCCGAGUUUGUCAAGCGUGACCUGAUAUAGAAGGAGAGACGGAUCUGGUGGACGGGCCGGAGUUGGUGCGACGCCGAAUUUUGAGCGAUUGUUUACCUGCAUUACCCUUGACGCUGUUGCUCGUCAGUGUACAUUAGCUAGCUAGAGUAGUGGCAACGUGGUGCUGUGUGAUGUAUAAAUGGUGGUGUUUGGUUGUGACGUCGGAUGUAGUACUAUGUAUAGGUAGGUAGUAUCUAAUGGCGAAUC